AUUCUUACGGAAUAUCGACGAAAGAGAAGUUACAGCAUGGCAGGGCUAUCGGAUUAUAAUAAUAUGGCUUAUUAAUGGCUUUAACGGUCUAAAAUCUUUCGUUUCGACUACAUAUUACAUGUAUGAAUUUUACGGAUAAAGCUGUUUAUACAUCGUGUCUCAACACAUCGCUUUUUAUUAAUACGUUAUUCUUGUGAUUGUCAUCUAUAUUCUUUGUAUCAAGAUUAUCCCUGUAGCUAUUGAUAUAUUACAUUUUUAAUAUGCGUAGUAUUUGGAAAUUUUUAAAUCCCCGAAUUCGCAACUUCUCCGAUUUUCCCAUUUUCGAAUUCCAAAAUCCACGAAUGUUCGAUUCUUCAAAUUUUAACUUCCAAACUAUGUAAAUUAUCAUAUAUUUACAAAACUCAAAUUUCCCCGAUUCCUGAAUUCACCAAGCAGCAUCGUUACUUUCUCGAGAACAGGGUACCAUGCUUGUCGGUACAACAAAAAAAAAAAAACCCACCGCCAUCUGACGGAUGACAUAUGAAAUUAAAACUCUUGAUAACAGGAGCACAGAAAAGUAAAAGAGCUGUUUUACGGAAAUUAGAAAGUUUAAAAAAGACGUAAGAAACAAUUACGUAAAGUUUUCCAUAAAUUAUAUCAAACCUCUGUAUUGGAAUGUUACAUUGCACGGAUAAGGAGAAAUAAAAAUGGCGCCAAAAUACAUCAUUUUAAAAUUGAUUUAAAAUGGCGCGAAACUAGUAACACAGUCGAUGUCAAUUUUACCAUACUUCUGAAUAGUAAAAUACCGAAUGAUUUACAAACUAAUGAAUGUCGAUAUUUUCAUCAUAGCGAUUGAACAAAUAUUCUUUCAUUGAUAAUCGUCGUUACAAAUAGUGUUGAAAAAAAAUUAUAAAUUGCAUUAUUAGAAACAUGAUAUAUACACUGAUUAAUUUCCUGUUUAAAAACUGAAUUUAAUUUGAACAUAACAUUUAAGUAUCCUUAUAUAUAUUUUAUGAAAGAAAAUAUGGACACAUUCAUUUGUAACAAAUGCUUUAGUACAACAUACAGGGGGAAAAAACCAUUUUGUUUAACGCAAUGUGGUCACAUAUAUUGUCAUGGAUGUAUACAACAAGCUGAGAAACAAUGUCCUCAGUGUCAACAAUUGGAUAUCUUUUCUGUGGAAUUACAACAGCCGUCACUAUCCAAAGUAGAAUACUUUUUUGCUCCGCUUAACGAAUCAUUGGAAUCGUUGCACAAAAUAUGUGGAUUUCAACAUAAUCAGAUGAAAAUUAUGAUACAGCGUUUCCAUGAUAUUGAUAAGAAAUAUGAAAAACUGAAGUCUCACUAUUAUAAUGUUACACAAAAUAACAAAUUACUGAGAGAUAAAUAUAUUAAACUCAAAAUGGAAAACAUAGAACAAAAGAAGAAACUUAUGUCUUUUGAAGUAAAGAGUAGAACCUUAAAUUCUUUGAGCGAUACUUCUACGCCGUUAAGUGUCAACAAUCAAAGAAAUAUGAACAUAAGAAAUACACCAAAUUCAUAUUUUUCAUCUUGUGGAACUAAUAUAUCGAGUCAAUCAUCCAAUAUAGGAAGAGGACACAGAAUAUUAGAAGGUUUUCGAAUACCUUAUCCUCGUUCUGUAAAAUCAGUUGGAUCUCGUGGAACAUCGGAUUCAAAUUCUACUUAUACGUUUGGACGUUAAAUAACUAUAACUUAUAUA